AUCAUUCACAUUAUUCAGGUCCGUUUGUCACAGUCUUGUACAAAACUUUCUCAACUUGACAUGUCGUUGCAUCCGAUUCGUCAUUAUUAUGUCCGUUGCAUAACCUAAGGUGAACUUGUGACGUAAAUUGUGGUGUUAUCUCCAGAAAUAAUUAUCAUUUAGGAUUAGUUCAUAAUAGAUAAUCUCCUCUCUUAUGGAAUCAAUUAAGUUUGAGGCGAGGUAGGUUAAGGCCGACUUGGUGUAAUCAAAGGUGAACUAAAUCAGUCAAAUUCCUCAUGUCCUCGUCAUCAUCAUCACCGUUCUGUAAUAUAUGUACGAAUGAGUCUUACUUAAUAAGUGUUUCGUAUCGUGAAUCAAUUAGCGAGUGGGAUUCCUGAUGAGAUAAACUGACUUUUGUUUAACAGCCUGGCUGAAUUUCCACUUCAAUCUUGAAAGAUUUUGGACACUUUGUUUUGUGUUGGUUCAUGUCUCAUCUUUUGAAAAUGGUGAUUUUUGGCAUAAAAGUCAGUUUAUUUUGGAUUAAGCAACAAACAUAAUUAAUUCUUCGCGGCGGAGAGAGUUUAAUAUUCAAGUAAUUUGUGGUAAAAACAUGUUCACAAAUUAAUUAAAAUAUUUCAGUAAAGGUUGAUUGGGCAUGACGAGAGUUGAUGGUCAGUGACGCGAUUGAUUGAGAUGUGAGACGUAUUCUUUGUAUGAAAAGUGUUGUGGUGUGAUGAGAUAAUACAAUUGCAGUGCUUCUAUUUUUUCAAUAUUUCCGUAAAACUUGUUGAAAAAUCGUAUUAAUUUGUGGUGACAAUGAACGAGAAGAACAGAUCGAAUGGUCACUUUGACCCCAACUUGAAUCAUUUGGCUCGUCAAAACCUCAAUAACUUUCGUACUGUGGCACACAUGAAUGAUUUUGGCCAUGUGAACAAUGCAUUCAACUACGUUCCUUCAGAAGGCAAUGCAAAAGUGUACUCUUAUGGACAUCGAACAUCUUUUCAAAGUGGAAAUGUUUUGCCCACCAUCAGCGGAGGACUACCCUUCAAGCCUACCGAAACAAGUCUGGAGUCUGUGGACGCUGGCGACGAUGGGGGCGAGGAUCUCUCCAAUGACAGGGACACGUGGGGCAACCCGAUUGAAUUUCUGCUCUCCUGUAUUUCAAUGAGCGUGGGUCUCGGAAAUGUGUGGCGUUUUCCGUUUGCAGCCUAUGAGAAUGGCGGAGGCGCAUUUUUGAUCCCGUACUUAAUCGUGCUUAUCUUCAUUGGGAAACCGAUUUAUUUCCUGGAAAUGGCACUGGGUCAGUUCUCCUCAUACGGCCAGGUCAAGGUCUGGGCGCUUGCGCCCUUCUUUAAAGGAGUUGGAUACGGCAGCAUGGUUGGGACUUUCUGUGUGGUAUCAUAUUACUGCAGCCUAAUGGCGCUAACCGUUUUCUACUUUUCUGCGUCCUUUCAAUCCACCCUACCGUGGGCUAUUUGUGACAUAAAUUGGGUGGGGCCGGAAGCGUGUGCAGAGAAUUCGACCUACCUGACCGAUAAUAAUAUCAGUUUGCCUCAACUCUAUUUCGAGCAUGAAGUGUUUCCCCAAAAAAAGAAUAUUGAUGACGGGAUAGGGCUUCCCGAGUGGCGGCUGACCCUUUGUCUCCUAUUUUCAUGGAUCGUUAUUUUUUUCUCCCUCUGGAAAGGGGUCCAAUCCAGUGGCAAGGUCGCCUACUUCACUGCUAUUUUCCCAUAUGUCGUUUUACUUAUACUCCUCGUGCGAGGAGUGACCUUACCAGGCGCAUGGAGUGGCAUUUUAUACUUCAUCACACCACAAUGGGACAAAAUUUAUGAUCCCGGUGUUUGGUUUAGUGCGGUGGGACAGUGCUUCUUCAGCUUGUCAACUGCAUUUGGGCCCAUUAUCAUGUUUUCUUCCUAUAAUCCAUUCACUAGAAACGUUUACAAUGACGCAGUGAUAAUCAGUUUCAUGGACACGUUUACCAGUUUGCUAGCAGGAUUCACCAUUUUUGCAAUUUUGGGCUCCCUUGCGACAGAACUUGACGUGGAUAUCUCAGUUGUCGCAAAAAGUGGUCCUGGCCUUGCCUUCAUCUCAUACCCUGACGCCAUAUCCAAGUUUCAAUGGGUUCCGCAGCUAUUCGCCGUCCUCUUUUUUGGAAUGUUGUUUACAUUGGGUGUAGGAAGUGCUACGUCGUUAACAGGAGGAAUUAUCACUAUAAUUUGUGAUCAAUAUCCACAUUUCGGGAGAUGGCAGGUGACCUUAGUUGUAUGCAUUGCUGGAUUCUGUUCAGGGUUGAUUUACGUGACACCGGGCGGACAAUUCAUGCUCACACUGGUUGACCAUUUCGGAGCAAAUUUUGUAAUCUAUGUAAUGGCAAUUGUAGAAGUUGCAGCGGUGGCCUGGGUCUACGGUCUCACAAAUUUUUGUCGAGAUGUCGAGUUCAUGCUCGGAAUCAAGCUAGGAUUUUAUUGGAAAUUUUGCUGGGGAUUUUUUAUACCAAUCGGACUAUCGACCAUAUUAAUUUAUUCCUUUGUCGAGUCUCAUGAGCUAACCCAUAAUGGGGCAAAAUUCCCAGCGGUCGCAAUAGCUUGUGGAUGGAGUUUGGCUGCAAUAGCGUUGUUAUUAAUACCCUGUUGGGCAAUGCAUGGAAUUGCGAGUAGAAAAGCUCCGACGUUGUGGGGGAAAAUUAAAGAAUCCUUUCAACCAACUAAUGACUGGGGUCCCAAGUCUAUCAAAACUAGGCAAGAGUGGAUUUUGUUUAAGCAAAACUAUGACACACUCCCGUCAGACUAAAUCUAAACGAUUUUAACGACUAUCUAAAUAAUUUGAUUGUUUUAAUGACGUGAUGACCAACAUAAGCAAGGAAGAGGCUUUUAUCUGAACGGAUGUGAUUUAGGGUGUAUUACGAACAUGCUUAAUUAAUAUAAAUAUAUUAGUAGGUUAUCAUUUAAAUUUAUUUAAUUUGUGCAGACCAAAUUAAAGUUAAAUAUUUAAUGCACAAAAAUUGUUACGAUUUUAUUGUUGUACUAGUGUAGAAGCCCGUCAAUCGACGUGCAAAAUAGGCCCGUCGAGGCGUCGAUAAGCCCGUUGCCCCAACAUUAGUGAAGUUAGCCUCUCCUGUUGCCUCUGCAGAGUGGAGCGAGAAAAAGGAGAGGCUAACUUCUCAACUAAGCCACCGACCCAGCCAGCCAGCCAGCAGCGAUACACUCGCCUGCUUUAUAUAGUUUAGAUUCUAAAAUGUUGGCUUCAAAUCUGUAUUACUGAAUCAUGGAGGGAAAUGUUUGUAUUAAAAAUGACUGGAAUUUAAAAAUGAAA